AUGCCACCAGCCCUGGACACAAAGUCCCAAGACUUCGAUGCCAAGUCCAUCCUCUCCAUGCAGGAGCUCGACCCAUCCCCUGUCGACGAUUCACUCUCAACCCCAGAACUCGACUCCCUCGAGAAUGGAGAAUACUUCCCUAAACCCGUCGAAGACAAGCCGGCGCGUACUUGUGGCUUUCCGGCGCCGAAAUUGGGACUACGCGCACAUCGUUGGGAUACUCUACUAUCCGGCAUCCAAAAAUACUCUACAUACCCACCAACAGCAUUCUUCAUCCUCCAUUUCGCCAAUACCUCCCUCAUCCCAUUAAUCACCCGCUCCAUCCCCGCCAGCGAGCCCUACCUCCUACUCACGCGACCAGUCUACCAAGCCCCAGGCCUGGAACACCUCGUCCUCACCGUCCCCAUCCUCGCACACAUCGCAUCCGGCAUCGCACUCCGAAACAUCAGAGGUUCCCGUCGCGCCCGCCUCUACGGCGCAGAAACCCGUGCCCAGCGCAACCUGCUCUCCUUCUGGCCUAGGGUCUCCGUCCAAGCUAAAACGGGAUACCUGAUUGCUCCGCUAGUCGGUCUACACGCGGUCGUGAACCGUGUUACACCAUGGAUGGUCGAGGGCGGGAGUUCCGGCGUGGGAUUGGGAUAUGUCGCGCAUGGAAUUGCGCGGAGUCCCGUGUUCUGGAACACUUUCUACUUGCUGUUUGUCUCGGCGAGUGUGUGGCAUUUUGUGGGUGGGUGGGCGACGUGGAUGGGGUGGAGAGUUACUACGGCGAGGAAAGAGAGGAGUUCCAAGGGUUCGCUGGAGGGGUAUUUGGGGUAUCCGGAGAAUGAGAAUCGGGUUAAGCGGCAGCGGAAGAUGUGGUGGGUUGUUAAUGGCAUUGCGGCUGUUGGGGCGGCGCUUUGGCUUGCCGGUGCGUUGGGGAUUGUGGGACGGGGUGGUGAGGGCGCUGGAUGGGAGGCUCAAGGGUGGAAUGAGAUGUAUAGCCAUGUACCAGUGAUUGGUGAAUGGUUGUAA